UUCAUGAAUGUUUUGUGUCAGAAUUAGUGUGGAAUAGUUAGCCCUUUGCAUUGAAACUGAGUCUCAUUGUUUGGCGGAAUGCGACGCCUGUACCUCUAUUGUGAUUGUAACCAUGUCUUACCACAAAAAUUACGAGUCAAGAAAUCGUGGCAGCAAUGGGUAUGCCACUUCAAAUAGUACGUACGGCAAUCACACGGGUGUGAGGCAGGGUACUAUUUCGAAGCCGCCCUUUGAACGUGUUCAACAGACCGAAACCAAACAGAGGCCUCCAAUCCCUUACAGUAGUAACUCAAUAACAAGCCAUUUGAACAAGCAGAGGAAUCGAGAACGAGAGGCCGAUUUGAGUCAACAAAAUUUUAACCAUGCUUAUUCUCGAUCAGUUCAAGUUCACACCGAAGACUAUGUGAGACGGGGAGAACUAGCAAAACAAGAACUAAUUGCGAGACGGGACGAGUCCUCUAAACGGGAAGAGUCAUUAAAACGGCAAGCAUUGGAGAAACAGCAAGCGGCAUUGAAUAUAUACCCUAGCAACGAAUACGAUCCAUCGAACUACCGUGGCCAAAACCUCGCUGAGCCUUUUGACAGUCGUGAGCGAAAUUUUGGUGCCGCAGAGUUUUUCAACGAUAGUAGAAAUCAAAUGACCAACGACGGGGGUCAUUUUUAUGAAGGCGGAGCUGCGAGAAAAACUGCUAAUUUCGCAAACUUCUCGACCACGGGUACCGCUAAUGUUGCAACGCCUAAUUCUGGGUUGUAUGUUAGAGAUGGAGUCACAAUAGAAGAGGAAAAGAGUAGAAGUCCGCACGAGGAUAGGAGGCAUAAGUCCAGAUCGAGAUCUAGAAAUAGAUCGAGAUCUCCCACACCCUCGAGUCCUCAGAGUGGAGAAAAACCGCCUUCCUAUGAGGAGUCUGUUACCAGAGGUACAGUGGGGUUGGAGAACAUGGGAAAUACUUGCUACUUCAGUUCUGCAGUGCAAUGUAUAAGCAACACCCCCCAGCUCAGAGACGUUAUAAUUGGGGCCCAGUACCAGAUCCAGAACAGGUGUGAAACCAAAGGAGCCAUAGUAGCAGGGUUGAGAAAUGUACUAAAAGAAAUUUGGUGCUCGCCACGACACAUGAGCGCAAUAAGGCCGAGAGAACUGUUCAAAGAUAUCCAAAAGAGCAAUGAGCAGUUCGAGGGCAAGCGACAGCAAGACUCGCAAGAACUGCUUCUAUUCAUGUUGAAUGCCCUAAGCGAAGAGACGAACAGGGUGAAGACGAACGCAGAGCGGGAAGCGGGUGCAGGCAGAGGAGCCGCAGAGAGGAAGGACUCGAGAGCUCUCAUCAGACCCAAAUCAGUAGCUUCUCUGGUGCAGCAGACCGCUGAGGCUUCGUGGCAGAAGUUUCUUAAGCAAGAGAGCAGCUUCGUGACCGAUGUGAUUGCGGGACAGCUAGAGAGUUCACUUGAGUGCAAAGUGUGCGGACAUCAAUCGAGGACAUACGAAUCAUUUUUUCAACUAUCUCUUCCCCUCCCAGACAAUAAUUAUGGCGUAGAUCUAGACGAGUGCUUCAAAUUAAUGUGUGAAGACGAAAUCUUAGACGGGGACAACUCUGUAUUGUGUGAGAGAUGCAGGAAGAACAGGCCGUGCAAGAAGAGCCUCAGAAUAGAGAGUCUUCCACCGGUGCUCAUAAUUCAACUGAACCGAUUUUCAAUCGACUUCCGGAACAAAAUCGACAUCCCAGUUGAGGCCCCGAUGGAGAAUAUGUGUCUAGUGGAGCAUAUGACCACGGCGCAUAAAGAGUCAAGCAUGCAUCACAGAAGCGUGAACCCUCCCUUGUACAGACUAUACGCUGUGAUCGACCAUAUGGGAUCACCUAAAAGUGGUCACUACAUCGCCAAGUGCCUCGUCCCCCCUGCGCCUCCACCCGAAGUGGCAGAGGGGGGCAAACAGAGGAACACACUGGUUCUAGCUUCACAACCAAUGACCAACAGCAGCAAGGUGAAAGGGACUGGCACAGUGUCAGAACCGGGUCAAAUAAGAUAUCCGACGCCAAAACAAUGGUGGAAGUUCGAUGAUGACUACGUGCUGCCAAUAAAAGAGACAGACGUAGUGUGUAAUAACAAUUACAUUCUCUUUUACCAAAUUGAUACCAACACGUAGCAUUGGACAUGAAAGAUGCACCCCAUGUUUCAAAAGCAAUCAAGCAUUUCUUUCGAAGUGGAGAAACUCAAAAGAGCUCUCAAUCGACAGGCUUUGAACUUUUGAAUUAGAAAAUUGCGAUUAGCUUGCAAGACUCAUCCAGCUUUCAGCUUUUUGAAAAGCUUCUCAUUGUAUCAAAUAAUUGUAAAUACCUUCAUUUUGUAAGUUAUGUUCCAUAUUGUCUAAUAGGUUCUCAGAAUAUAAAUUGAGUAAGUUGCUGGCGGCCAUUUUUUUUGGCAGAGACCAUUUUUGUUCCGUUGCGACGUUCGAACAGUAACACAAUAUAUAACUUCGUGUAGCUUUUUUCUU